AUGAUAAGACCAGGGCUGCACGAACUCUAUGGUAAUGGUUAACCAGAUAAUUCUUCUAGGGGUGGGAAUAGAAAACAGUCACAAGUUAUUCUGCAUUCUUCUCUGUGCUUUCCCGCCGUCAAUGACUUGAAUUCAUUCAAAGCAGGACGCAGAAUGGAGGAGACUACGCUACAAGAGAACCAAGAGGUGGAAUAUAAAAAUCCAGAUGAGGACCAAGGUAAACUUUUAAAUUGUUUUCUCUUCCUCUUACACCCAGUGCCUUAGCUUUUGUAAUAUGAGUCAGUUAUGCAAUUGCACACUCUGUGGUGUUUCUCAGUUUAACCAUCUAGACUGCAUUAUUACAAAAAAAGAUGAGUCCCUCUGUAAAAUUGAGUUUUGAACCUUGGAGUGAAAAUAAUCAUGCAAAAUUUUGUGGUGUGCAGAAGGAGGGAAAUAGUGCACAUACGCUGCAUUUUUCUUGGAAUUAGAUUUUUUCCAUUCAUUCCAUUUCGCAUUUGUGCUGAAAUAACUCCUCUCUUCUUGUCUUUAAGUUCACACUGCCUUUGUUAAAGUGUUUUUUCUUCACGGGUCUCUGCUUAUAGGGGGCAUUCGCCGACGGUUGCGAGACAGAGAUCUUCUCAGGAAGAGGAAAGCUGAAGCUGAAGCGAAGGAGACUAACCAGUGGGUUUUGGGGUAAAUUUGUAGUGAAGCACAGCUAGUGUUAGAACAGUGACCCACGUUUAUUGAUAUGUUUAUUCAGAGCUAUAUUUGUUAAACCAUGGACUCUUUAUUUAUGAUUAACAUACAAAAAGAAAAGUCAUUAUAAUGUGAGGUGUUUUUAGUUGGCAACUUGUACUGUUAAAUAUUGUAAACUGCAACCUAAAUACACUAUCAGCUUCUUAUCACUCCUCUGUUUUAUAUUGAAUGUGGAGCUAGAGGAAAGCAAAGGUUGCAUGCUCUGGUGUUUCUAUUGACAGCCUAGAUCCAGGUCAAGGACUUUGUACUAUUAGCUUUGCCAGCAUAUCACAAAGAGCUGUAUCAGUGUCCGUUGCCGUUGAUUACAAUUGUUUUACUCUAUCAGGGAGGAGAGCCAGAGAAAAAGACCAAGAGCUGAAAACAAGAGUGGAGCAAAAAGAAGAGGGAGGCCCAGGAAGACCGAACCCACACCAGAGAUAUUUUUCAGUCUAGGGGAGACACCAACACCUCAGGAGGCUCCUGUGGUACUGCCUGAACCUGCCGAGGUCAUACCAGAUCAAAUAUCAGGCUCUCUGGAAUCACAGCCAGCCUCUGUCCUCAUUGCCCCGGCUCCUCUACCUUUGUUUGGAUCCAUCCAAAACAAUGUCUCUGCUCCUACUCUGACCUCUCCAGCUCUGGUUUCAACCACAAUUCCUAUUCCUUCUCCCACCAAAGUUUUAGAUACUUCUUCAACUCCUGUCCAAGAUUCGGCACCAGCUCCAGCUCCAGCUCCAGAUGAUGUUCCAGACCCAAUCCUAGACCCAGUUCCAGACCCAGUCUCAAUCCCUGGCCUAGUCCCAGGAACUGCAACCGCUGAAACCCCUGCUCCUACUGCAGCCUUUGACCUUCUAUCAGCUCCUGUUUUGGAUGAGACCCUCUACACAGAGACACAAGGCAAGGUGGCACCUAACCAGGUCAUGAUUGAGGACUUGGGCCCAGAUGAGGAGGAAGACAUCACUCCAUCACAAGAAAAUAGAAAAGAGGAAGGUAAUGAGAAAAAAGAUGUGAAUUACAAUAAAAACAAACAAACAAACAAAAAAGAAAAUGUUAGAAGAUAAGAUAUUGGUUGAAGAAAUUGGAUUUGUCUUAAUCUAUACUGCCUGCCUGUGUCUUUUUUUUUUAGGUCUGAGUGUGAUGCCUUCAUUAAGCACACCUGAACAAAGUAAAAUCUUCUCAGUUCCAACCUUGUCUUCGCAGCCUCCUCCGCCAGAGUAUCUCCCUGGAAAUUCAGUUUAA